AUGAUUGAGUUGUCACUUAGGCCAUAUCUUUUGACUAUGGCUUUGUGGAAAGGAUUUAUUUUUGGCCAAGUGAAGUUUCUGAUAGGUUUACGUUUCGCAAAGAGAAAGUGGUUGAUGUCCAAGAUGAUGAUUAUUGGUUCGACUUUUUCUGGUGUGGUAGUUAAUGGAACGAAGAGACAGUCGCCUGUUUCUCUUGGAGUGUUUCAAUAUACAGCUACUGCUCUAUUGAACGCAUCUGCUACAAGUUGUGGAUGGUCAAUCGUUCCGAACCAAUUUUGCUGUGGGAGGGGUGAUCUUUUGUCUUUGAGACUGAUUAUGAGCGGGUUUGUGGAUGCAGGCAUGUUGCCAUUCUCCAUUCUUCCCUGGCCAUUUCUCCUGGUCCUGAUAUAUCUCCAUUGCUAUUGCUCGGUAUCCACAGUUGCCAUCUGCUUCGGGAGAAAAGACUUCGGUUAUAUGUUUAGGAGCAAUACCAAGAUUGGUGGUAUUUUGCAAGGCUUUUUGCUCUUGAGUUGA